CUUAUCGAUAUGGAAUCGACUAUGGUUAAGAGUAGCAAGAAGAGCCACAAAGCCUUUUCAAAGAGCCACCAUAAGAGCUACCAGAAGAGUUAUCAACGGAGUAAUCAUAAGUCUCACAAAAUGAGUCAUAAGAAGUCCUCGACUAGUAGACAUAGGAAGUGACUAGGCACGAGGUUUGUAGAAGACUACUUUGAUAAGGUCUUUGAACAAGAAGAAGGAAUGGAUAUGAAAAGGAUCAACCUUGAUUACCUUAAAACAAGAUUUCCUUUGGGCAAUGAAAAUGAUAAUAGCAAGAAAUAAAGAGUUUGUUGAUUCUAAUAUAAGCAAUGACGAAAUAUUUUCUCCCAGUCUUAUCUCCGAUGAUAAGGAGCAGACAAAGAAGGUACGCACCUCAGGGUUGAAUAUGUGAUUCAACUGUGAUAAGAAGUUUACUCUUUUCCAUCGGAAAAAGAUAUGCAAAUUCUGAAAGCACCACUUUUGCUCAAAUUGUACAAAGAAUAUCAAGAAUCCUAAAUAUGGAAAAAUUAAAGUUUGUGGCAAUUGUGAGGAAAAGAACAACAGAUUAAAUGAAGUUAGAGAUAGACAUCAGCAAUUUGAUAUACAGGAAGAAUCUAAACGGUUUGAGAACAAGCUGUCUGGCUUAAGUGGAGGCACUGAUGAUGAUAUGGAAAAACUAGCAAAAUCUGAUUCCUUUGAUCACAACUUAUUCCUCAGUCAGUCAUUAGACUCCUGAGAUCCUAAGAUCAGCCAUAUCGAUAUUGAAGAUGAAGACAAUGAAAUCAGUGAAUUUCACAAGAAAAAGACUAGAAGGAGCAUUUCUUGAAAUGAUGCUAAGGGAUCAGACAUUGGUGCUUCUGAAAGUAGGCCAACACCUAAAUAAGGAAUGCAGAGGGUUCUUCAAAGGACUUACAAUGAGAAAAGCCGCAAAUGAUACUGAGCAAAAGAAGGAACCCUCUCUUAAAACCUUGGUUAAGAAGAAGCCAAAGCAAAAGCUUAAUAGUAGCUUAUUGAAAGAGCACGACAAUCAGCAAAAGAAUCAAUACGAGCUUCCAUCGAUAGAGCUUAGAAUUCCUGAAGAAAAUUAUAUAGAGGACAUAACUGAACUAAAUGACAUUGAAAGCUGUCCUGAAGCUAUAAAUAGAUACUUGGAGAAGAAGUAUCUCUCUCAGAAAUUUUUAGAAUCAAGCACUUCAGAAUUGAUCAAGAUAGAGAACGAGUUCAUCUCAGGGCUGAAAUUUGAAUUCAUGGUGAACAAGAUUCUCGAAAGCCACAACGUUGCUCACAAAUGGUAUUACCCGAUUCAUUCAUUUGUGGAAAAAAUAGUAAGAACUAUUAAACCUAAUCUACACCUCCCAAAUGAGGUUGUUCACUUCAAAGAUUACGUCACUAUCAGAAAGGUGAAAUGGAUGAACCAUCUUAAGUGAGAGUAUGUCUCAGGUAUGGUGCUCGAGAACUACAUUGCUGAUAGAAGAAUGAGGCAGAAUAUUCUCAACCCUCAAAUAGUUCUAGUAGAAGGAAAUCUCACCUUUGAAAAUAACAGAAAACAAGCUUGUAUGGAUAUUGAAAGUAUCAUGAAGCAAGACAAAACGUUUGAGAAAUUAAUUGAAAAGAUAGUUAGUAGAGCCAAACCUGAUAUUUUGGUAUUUGAAGGCUCAGUCUCUCGGAAAGCAGUCGAAAUUAUUCGUGACUGAGGCUGCACUUUAAUCAUGAAUGUUGGUAAGAAAGAUAUUCAAACACUUUCCAAUCUGACCAAAGGUGAUAUUAUCCCAUCUAUCGAAUUUUUAAAUGAAGAAUUUGUGAAAGGAUCUUGCAAGGAAUUCAUCAUUCAAGAUCAAAUGGGAGGAAAAAGAGAUAACUCGAAGACUUCAUCUAAUUUACAAAAUCUGGUAUUUUUCAAAGAUUGUGAUCCCUCUCUUGGAUGCACAGUAACUUUCAGUGGAACUGAUACUGAUGAACUUGACAAGAUUGAAAAGGUAUUUGAGAGGGUUCUUGUCGCAUGUAGAGAACAUAAAUUGGAAAUGGAAUUUGAAAGAAAGCAGUAUGCAUCAAUCUUAAGCAAAACCAUUGAGAUAAAAGAAAUCAAGAGCCAGAACAUUUGUCAUUUCCAAUACGAGCCAAUGGUAAAGUAAAACAUAAAAAACCUAACCCAGAUUAAUGAACACCAAAAUAAGUCA